UUCAUUUCCUUUUUGAUUUUACAGACGAGCUGAAUGUGUAAUGUGCAGUUAGCCUUAAAACUUGCAAUCAGUCAACUAUUUUGAAGCUGACAAAGAGCUAGUGUCAGUCAUGUUUGAUGGCCCAGGGGGUUUUGAGGUGGAGGAGGAUGAUGAGUGCUGGGCACGGCUGGAAGACUACAGAAUGCUUCUCAUCAAGACCAUUGAGCCCUCAAGAAUAACCCCUUAUCUGAGACAAUGUAAAGUGCUGAGCAGCGAAGACGAAGAACAGAUCUACAAUGACCCCAGUCUGGUUAUCAGGCGUAGAAAAGUUGGAGUGCUGCUGGACAUAUUACAAAGAACUGGCCUCAAAGGAUAUGAAGCAUUUCUAGAGAGUUUGGAGCUAGACUACCCAGAUGUGUACCGCAAAAUCACCGGCAAAGAGCCUGCUAGGGUCUUCUCUGUGCUUAUUGACACGGCCGGUGAAUGUGGCCUCACGCAGUUCCUCAUGAGCGAGGUCUCUCGCCUACAGAAGCUCGCACAGGACGAAAGGAGCAAGCGACUCGAAGUGUCUGCGCAGAUGGCGGAGCAGCUAGACACCAUCCGCCAGCUGCAGCUGUGUGAGAGCGAGCUGCACAAACAGCAGGACCGCGUGCAGCGCAUCCGCGAGGAGCGCGAGCGCACGUGCGAGGAGGCGCGUAAACUGAGAGAUGAGAAUUACCGACUGAUGCACGACCUGACCCGCCUGAGCGAGGACAAAAACUGCGCACUCAUGUGUAACAGAGACCUCCAGCUCGAGAUUGAGAAAUUGAAACACAGCUUGAUGAAUGCAGAAAGUGACUCAAAGAUCCAACGGAAAAAAACAAUAACCUUAAAGAAUGCAAUGGAGCAGAGACCAAGUCCUGAGCUGAUCUGGCAGAUGCAGAGAGAAAAUGACCUCCUUACAGCUCGCAUACAGGAGCUCGAAAAUGCUUCCAAGGUCCAAACUUUGGAGCAUGAAAAACUUGAUUCACAGUCAUUAGAGGAAUUCAAGCAACAAAGUCAGGCACAACACCAGGAGCUGGUGAAUGAUCUCUACAAUCUAAGGAGAGACCUACAUGACGCAGAAGAGCUGCGUGAUAAGUAUCGACAGGAGAAGGAUGAGUUAGAACUGAAGUGCAUAAUGCUAAAAAAGGACUCCAAAAUGUACCGUGAUCGAAUGGAAGACAUUCUGAAGCAGCUGGAAGAAGUCAUCAAAGAAAGAGACAAGGCUAUUUGUACAAGAGAGGAGUACCAUUUGGAGAACUCAAAAAAUCUGCAAGACAAAGACCAGUACCGCAAACAGAUCCGGGAGAUGGGAGAGCGUUAUGAUGAGCUACAAGUCCAGUUGUUUCGAGCUCAAGGAGAAGUGCUUGCUUUUCAGUCAAAGCUUCGCAAACAGAAAAACCCAAUUCAACUGAACUCCGAAGAAAGCUCCUUGCCGAGUUCAUUUGAGAUGAAAAGUCAGACUAGUGAGGAGGAGUCCAGGGAAAGGGGUGAAAAAGAUAUGAGUGAAGGGUCGCAGAGCCAGACAUCUGGAGAGUACAAUUAUUCCGAGAGGAUGUUCUUUGAGGAGGACAUAUCAGCUAACUGCAGACUUAAAGGAAAAAACUUUCAUUAUAGGAGGAAACGUGCCUUAAGAACCAAAAAAUUCACAGACAAAGAGAGUGUGCAUUGCAUACUGGACAACACUACUGGGAGUGAUACGGAUGGGUUGUGACAUACAGCUUUGGACAAGGAGACGAAAUGUGGCCACCUUUGAAGGCAUAUUACAAUGCAAUUUAAUGAUAACCCAACAUUGUUCUGCAUCCAGUGACCCCUAAAAGCUGAUUAAGAAAGUGACAGUGACGUGGCAUUCAGCCAAGUAUGGUGACCCAUACUCAUAAUUAGUGAUCUGCAUUUAACCCAUCCGAAGUGCACACACACAGAGCAGUGAACACACACACACACUGUGAACACACACCCGGAGCAGUGGGCAGCCAUUUAUGCUGCAGCGCCCGGGGAGCAGUUGGGGGUUUGAUGCCUUGCUCAAGGGCACCUAAGUCGUGGUAGAGAACUGUACAUGCACUCCCCCCACAUACAAUUCCUGCCGGCCCGAGACUCGAACUCACAACCUUUCGAUUGGGUUCACCGAUCAUCGUGUUCACUGUUAAAGUAUGUCUAGUCAGUCACUUGUCAUGAAUCUGUUCUUACAAUUUUUCUGUUAUCUGUUAAUAUAUACUAUAAUAAAUAUAAAAUAUAUUUCAUGUAUAUCUUGUUCUCUUGAGAGAAAAAAAAACAGGGGAAAUGUUUGAAUGAUUUAUUUGUACCCAAGACUUUAAGAUACUGUAUGUGCAGAAACUGAUGUUUAAAAAAGAACUUACCUUUGAAAUAUUCACUGAGCUUAAAAGUCUGACAGUUAUAUCUAGUUCCUCAUAUAAGAGCAUGAAUGAUACUAUAUGAGCCAAUGUGAACGGGAUCUUCUAAUUAUUUUUCAGUUACUUUUUUGUGAAACUAGAGUGGUAUAAAAAGAAUGUAUUUUAUAUAUUAACUGUAUAUAACUGUUUUGUUAUCAACGGCAAAAUAAUAAUAAACAUUUUGACUAAA